GUGUUGAUUUCAAAUGAAGAUUUUGUGCGUGCGUGAGAUGGAGGAGAAGAAGACAAAAGGCUAUACUUCAUUCACUCUUCAAAACUCCCAUUACCCUUUUCUUUUUUCACCCAACUGUCUCUACUCUCUUUAUUUUUGGCUUGUCUUUGGCAAUUUUCACGUCAAAAAGUCUCUAAUGCUACAAACCUUCCAAAUUCGUCAUCUCAGCCUCAAGACUCGACGUAUUCCUCCAAAUCUCUUUGGGCUCAGCUCGUUUCGCUGUUCCUUCACCCGGAAUGCAGAGAAACUUGAAUAUGACGAUGCACCUGAUCCUCCUUAUGUUGAUUUACCAAAACCCCGUGUAUGUGAGUCCAGUAGAAAACCCUAUCCCACUCCUAUGAAGGUUUUGAUUCAGAGAGCAAAAGAGGAGAGAGUAGCUAGAAAGGCCCAACCAUGUAGGAUGGUCGAAUAUCCACCUGAUAAUGGAUUGUUGGUGCCUGAUCUUGUCCACGUAGCUCAGAGUGUCUACCUAGCUUGGAAAAUGCUCCACUUCGGUAUAUCAAGGCUUUUGAAGGCCGUUCCUAUUCAAAGAUGCAGGUUCUGCUUUGAGGUUCAUAUUGGACAUGUAGGUCAUGAAAUUCGAACUUGCACUGGUGAAAAAAGCGGGUUUCGAAGUGCUACUCACAUAUGGAGGAAGGGGAGAGUUCAAGAUGUGGUCUUUUUCCCCAAAUGUUACCAUCUUUAUGAUCGUGUAGUGAAACCAAGAGUUGGACAUGAUGAGAGGCAUGACAUACCACGAAUACCUGCUAUAUUGGAGCUAUGCAUCCAAGCUGGUGUUGAUCUUGAGAAAUACCCUUCUAAAAGACGAACAAAACCUGUAUACAACAUUGAAGGGAGAAUUGUAGAUUUUGAGUCGGUGAAGGAAAUGAAUGAGGUGAAGACAGGGGUUUCUACCAAGAUUAGUGAUAAUUUUGUAAAAUCUGAUUUUGGGAUAGAACUUGAAGGAACCAGUAAGUCUUCCCUAGAGAAAUUUAGUAAUACUUUGGAUCAGCAGUAUGAAGUAGACACUGAGGUAAGACAAUUGAGCAUUCAAACACUGGACUCGUGGCUUGAAAUGGUAUCAGGAGCAAAGAAAAUAAUGGAAAAGUACAUGGUGCAAACAUGUGGAUACUGUCCUGAGGUACAGGUUGGUCCUAAGGGGCAUAAAGUGAGAAUGUGUCGAGCUUCAAAGCAUCAGUCUCGCAACGGAUUGCACGCAUGGCAAGAAGCAACGAUAGAUGAUCUUGUAGGUCCAAAUUAUGUAUGGCAUGGGAGAGAUUUGAAAGCGCCUCCAUUGGAUAACAAGUUGAAGAGAUAUUAUGGCAAAGUUCCAGCUGUGGUUGAACUUUGUGUUCAAGCAGGAGCACCUAUUCCUGAUCAGUAUAGGAGCAUGAUGAGGUUAGAUGUCGUUUGUCCUGAUAGUGAUGAAGUGGAUCUUGUUGCUUGACUUGGCUCUUAAAAUCGUAAUCAGAAUUGUUAAGGUGAGGAUUUUGUAAAGUGCUUGCUCACAUCGAGAGAGGUGUUGAAGAUCAGAUUUGGCUGUGCAAGCUCCACGACUUGUUAUGAAUAUGGCCUGUGAUAUGAAUGGAGGAACCAUUGGUUGGUCAGACCACUUUGGUUCUACACAUCUACUUGCAUCUUCAUGAUGUUCACAAUCCAAGUUCUUUGAUAUUACAUCUAAGACACUGUAUUUGAGUUAUAGUCUUUUUUUUUUUUUUUAAUUUAUUUAUUGAUGAAAAGCUUGUUUUCAUUAAAAUGCUAAUAAUACUAAAUAAAGGAUCGUUAAUCAUGCUAUACGAACCUCAAGAAAAAUGUCAAGAAUGAACUUUACAUGUUGCCUAGGUUUACACAAAUCAAAGAAGAUGAAUUAUUUGAAAUCAA